AUGGACGACAGAGCUGCGGGGGUCCAUGCACUGCGGCAGAAGGUCCAGGAACCGCAAGCCGGUGCAAGCAAGGCAAAUGCUUCCGAUGGCGGCGCGACACGUCGCGGCUUUGUGUUUGAUUUGACACUGGACCGUUUCUUUGCUGCGUGGCAUGCUGUCAGCAGGGAUGCCCGUCACUAUGGGAGGAGUCGACGAGACGCGAAUUCACGAAAAUGGUUGCGCACACAAUGCUCGACUCGGUUCUUGUGGAGCCUGAUCGCAUCUUUGCAGUGCUUCGUUGAUAAGCCUCUGCCAGCAAAGUUGUUUCGCGGAAUGCGCUGCCGGCACAGAUCGACCCAGAAUGCAGGAACUUUUUUGUCAAGCAGUGAAAGAGGCAUCUGCAAGGUCGUCUUUGAUAUCGAGGCGGAGCCUACACUAGUUCCGGCGCAUCAGCUUGUCCGGGUUUGUGUCGUGCCGCAUCCUUUCUUGGCCGGGUUGGCGUUUCUGGCUUGGGCACUGGCUCAUGCGCAGCAGGAGGACUUGAAGAUUGACAGCUUGCGUACGGCUUUGAUGUUCAACCAAGUCAUGGGCAAAUCUUCGGGCCACCUGACCAUGCUCGCGGUCAUGCAAGAAGAGGCGAUGAAAGGCUUGAAGUUUUGCUUUGCCGCCUGGAAGAAAGCCGUAAAAUGCAGGGCUCAGGCACUGCGGAAGUUCUGGCUGAAGGGUUUGAAGGAAGCUUUCAGAGCCUGGCUGGAGACCCUUUUGCUCGACCGACACGACCGGGCCCUGGAACUGCUGACCCGAACGCAGGCCGAGCUGAAAUCGCUGCGGCUCAGGGCCUUGGCGCGGCAGGCGCAGGCGGAGCGACUCCGAGGAUGCGUCCUCGAACUCCGCCACGCGUGUUUCGAGGGGUCCUUCGUCCGGCGGGUCCUGUUCUCCUGGAGACGUCUCUCACGGAGCCGGCUGAUGGCAGAGAGCCGCGCGCGGGCGCGGCAAGCUCUGGCAGCUUCAGCGCUGCAGGUGGCCGAAGCCAUGGGGAAGCUCACAACAUCUUUCUUGCGACCCCACCUGCAGGCAUGGGCAAGUCGCACAAGUCAAGCACGGAAAUUGAAGCAGGCCGCACAGAACACGAUCAAAGCAUUGGUGGGCAGCUCUCUGUCGACGGUGUUUCGCGCCUGGAAGCAAAUGAAGCUGAGCAACUACCAGAGCCUGGUUGCCAAGCUACAUCAGCGCGAGCGUGAGUACUCCGAGCUCCAUGAGCUAUCGGAGUCCUUCUUUCAAUGCUCCAGAGAAGGCUCCCAGCGUCUGAAGGCGAUGGAGUCCGCAGCACGGGCCGCGGAUCGAGUUCUCCAGAUCGGCGCGGCGAGGGCGGACUCCUUGGAGGCCGAGGCCCAGGCUCUGCGCCGCGCUCUGUUGGAGAUGCGGGACACGGGCAGUCUUGGUGGCCUUAAGGAGGAGAUGGAAGAGAAGUGUCGGGAGGAGCUGGUGGCCUUCGGCAGAAGAGCCGAGACCUUGGAAGCCGAGCUGGAGGCCAGCCGUGGCAUGGAGGUCAAGCUGAGGCACGGCGAGGCUCAGACGGCUCGAGCCGGGGCUCAGUCGGCCUUGGCAGCAGCGGCGGAGGCGCAGGACCUGCGGGAGGCCGCCGCCAGGGCCGAGCGCCAGGAGGUCGAUCUGCAGAGAGCAAGGAGCCUCGCGGCAGCGGAAGCUGCCAGAGACGCCGCGGCGCAGCAUCGGGCAGUGGAGUCUUUGGCUCUUGCUCUCAAGUCCAGCCUCACGGUUGCCAGGCCCGGGCCCCAAGACGCACAGCUCCAAGUCAGGGACACCGAUCCCGCCACGGCGACGGCCGCGCCUGCAAGCGCAACGGGAGCUUCCGCUUCCGCCUCGGCCUCGGCACGGCUCCGCGACGUCCGCGCCACACAGACGUCGCUUUUUGAUGCGCUGGCGCCGGCCUCUCCGCCUGAGAGCUCGCCCGCCGCGCCCGCCGCGCCCGCGCCGCUCUCCUCGCGGUCCUUGGAUCAUCAGCGCAAGUUCGUGAACGCAUGGAAGCCAAACGGCCGGGAUCUGCCCGACACCGCGGAUGACAAGGCCAUGAGUUUUGACCUCGCCAGCAACAUCUUAAGAACCGGAGCUUACUUCAAGAAGAAAGCUGGGCGGCGCUCUUCCGUGACGCGAUACUUCUUCGUGGGCGACCCGAACAGUGCUCAAGGAUUUCUCAGAUACUUCCGAGACCACAAAGCGGCUGCGUCGGCGGCGACGCCCCGGGGCGGCUUCGAUCUGGUCGACCUGGUGAGGGCCAACUGGGAUGGCCAGCAGUGCAGCAUCACCUUGACGCAAUCGACCAAAACAGAUGCAUCGGAGAGGGGCUUGGUGGAAAUUCCACAGGCCUCUCGCGCCGCGCCGGGAGAGAAGCUCCAGCCUCGCAUCUGCGUCGUGGAGGUGACGGCAGUGACAGCAGUGACAGCUCUCCUUCAAGGCCUUGAGAUGGAGGGCUCCCGGCUUCAAGUGUCCAAGAGCCGAGUCUUCAAAAGCUCGAGCCACCUGGACCUCCAGACCAAGCGGGAUGAGGAAGAGAAGGUGAACAAGCCGAAGACGCCCAAGACACCAAAGACGCCAAAGACACCGGGUUCCAGAGAUGCCAUGCAGGUGACUCAGUUCGCGAAGCAGCGCAUCGCCGCCAUCAAGCGGUUCCUCCCGACGCCCGUGUCCGCACAGAAAGCACUCAAGGAGGCGCUGGAAGCCGAGGAGGAUGCCGGAGAGGUCUCGCUGGGCCGGCCGCCGGAGCCGGAGCCGGACCCGGACCGACUCUCCGCCCUGCUUCGAGCCAUGGAGCAGAGCCCGCUCUUCGAAGGCUGCGCCGCAGAGUUCCUCGAGGUUCUUCUCCGAGACUCGAAGCGGAAGUUCUUGGCCCCUGGUGAGGUCUUGAAGCUCACGGACUGUGGCUCCUUGUACCUUGUGGAGACGGGGGCCGUUCGCUUCCAGGUGGGAGACGAGAAGCAGAUCUCGGUUCAGGGGCGUGGCCAGUUCAUCAACGGGGCCGGCUUCCUGCGUCUGCUUGCCGAGGGGAAGGUCUUCAAGCAGCGGCUGGGAGCUGGCGGCCUGGCCUUGCGGCCGAAGGCAGCUCGACAGCAAGGCUAUGAUGUUCACGGCUACAGCGGAUUACCGCCUGUCAUCUACGUGGAUUUUCGGGGCCCGCCACAGCAGCCGGAGGAGUAUAGUGGGCCAGAUGAUAUCACCAUGGCCUUCUUCAACACAUGCCCGUAUUCCUGCAGGAUGAGCACUGACCCUCCAAUGGCACAGGGCUGGCUCAGCCUGACAGUCACCGGAGCAGCAGCCGGCGAACAUCCUGCGAAGGCUGGUGCGGGCCUGCCAGCAGGUGGAGCCACAGUGCUGGCGUUGCCGCCUUUGCAGAAGAUUCAAGACAUGCUCGAUCGUAAGUUGGGGGAGGCUGAAGUGACGAUGAAGAUGCUCGGGAACUUUGGCAUGAAUUGCGAGGAAGUGACCUCCGUCUGGACGGAAAUGAUGAGCCGUUUCAUCCUGACCGUCUUCCCUGGUGCACCCUUCGAGGCCGUGUACACCCUCGCCGAGGGCUCGAAACGGUGCUUCGUUCCGAAGGGCUCGAACGUGGUGGUGGAGGGUGAAAGCGGAGAGGAUGCAGAUGCAUUGGUUAUCAUUGUGAAUGGAGUUGCCUCUGUGCUCAAGAAGGUUCAAGAGGUCGACGGCACCGCGGAGCAGCAGACGGUGGGACGUCUUCGAGCCGGUGCCAUCAUCGGCGACAUCAGUUUGAUUGGAGCCCUUGUUCCUCGGCCUGCCUCUGUCCGUGCCAAGACCGACGUAGAGGCCGUGGUAAUUCCGGGCCGGGUCAUUCUGAACGUGCUAGCAGUGUAUCCUGCAUUGCUACAUCCUGCGACAGACCGUCUCGUGGAUGUGGCAGAGUGCAUCAAGGAGCGCCUGUUAACGAAGACGGAGGUCGCCAGCUCGCUGAACUUGUUCUUCGGCUGUGACCUGGGCUUCGUGAACGACGUGGCGAGCAGCGGGGAGCGGCGACUGCUCUUCGCUGGAGAGACGGUCGUGCAGCAGGGAGGCACCGCCGGGACCCUUUUUGUGCUGGAGCACGGCCGUGUGAGCAUCCAGAUCGCUGGGCUUGGUACCGUGAACGAAGUUCCGGCCGGAAACUGCUUCGGUGAGCGGACGCUGAUCGGCAUUGCCAAGGAGGCGAAUGCUACAGUCCGUGUGUUCACUCCCUUUGCGCUUGUCCUGGCGAUUGCCAGGCCGUCUCUGCACAAGGCCCUCAAGAAGCACCCUGUUGAGACGGAGCACUUUGAGAAGCUGAAGACGUCCCCACAGGGUGGCCGCAUCUCGGGCAGCAAGGUUCGCCAUGUAGAGCUCUUCCGGGCCUGCGGGACGGGCUUUCUGGAAGCCUUGAACGCCCGUGUGACGUCUGCGAUGUACUUGCACGGGCAGACGGUGGUCGUCGAGGGUUGCGUCGAGCAGGAUCCUUGCAUGUUUGUGCUCUCAGGCGGCAUCGUCGUUGCUGAGCGCGGCGGCUGCGCCAUCGCCCGCAUCUCGCCCGGGGCGACCUUUGGCGAGCUGGCCAUGUUGGGCCAGUCGCCUGAGCGUGCUGUGACUAUCCGAGCCGUAACGCUCUGCUUCCUGAUGAGCAUCCAAUCCUCGGUCUUUCAUCAGGCUCUGGAGCAGUUCCCAGAAGAGAAGGAGCGCUUCAGCACUGACAUGCUGGAGGGUCAGAAGGAGGGACCCCGGGUGGUCUGGCCUUGCCUUAGAGGAGAAUCUUCGAGACUGCUUUACUUGCUGGAUCUUUAUGCGGAGAAGUUCUCAUGCGAAGCUGGCGACAAGCGCCUUGGCCAAGCGCCUUUGAAUGAGGCCGCAAUCCUGGUACUUGACGGAGAAAUAUCGGUGCUGACGCAAGAAGGGGAGGAGCUUCAGGUUCUGACGGCUGGCUGCUGCUGGAACGAGCGCAUCCUAGCCGGAGCCAGAGCCAAGCAGACCGAACGCUUGGUUCCCAUCACCUUCUGCGAGGUCCGGGUGGUGACCCGGGAGACCUGGGGCAAAGUGAUGGCCGAGUUCCCAAGCGACCUGGGCAAAGUGAGGGGCUCCAUCCUCCGCUACAUGGGCGAGCAGGCAGAAAAGCGCCUUGGCUAUCCGCCUGGGUCCCCGGCCCUUCUGCAGGAGAAGACCGCGUUCUUCUCGGCCGUCUCGCCAGAAUUUGCGAGGCUAGCUCGUGAGAUGGCCGAGACGAGGAUCGUGGAGCCUGGAUGCGACAUCGUGCCAGACUCGCUUGUGAACGAGGUGGUGAGUCGCCACGUCGACAUGGAGGAGACCGAGACGCUGGAGAAGUUCCAAAUCAUCGAGGAGUCCAAGGAAGGUGAGGAUGACGAUGAUGAAGAGAACCAGGACGAUCUCGUGCAGGAGAUGUACGUUUUCCUGCAUGGUUUGGCCACUUGCUUCAGUUCUUUGACCGGCGAGCGGAGCUGGAGACACGGCGAGGUUAUCGGCGAGGGCGCCUUCGCAGGAGCAACCAGGCUCUACCCGGCGAGGAUCGUGGCUGAGAGCGUGUGCCUCAUUCAGGUGCUGCGGCGGAAGGAGAUCUUCGAGGCCAUGGCGGAGCGCUCGGGCCGGGACAAGGAGCUGUUGGAGCGCCUGGUGAAGGAGGCACAGCCCUACGGCAUGACGCAGCUCCGAAAGAGGCUCCAGCGCAGCUGGUCUUUCCGCAACGCCGCGCCGGCUUUUGCCAACUCCUUGGUAACGCUGCCGGACGUGGUGCUCUUCCCUCCCAACAGCCUCAUCACAGAACAGGGCGAUGAGUGUAAACUUGGACAGAGCGACUUUUACCUCGUGCUGGCCGGACGGGUGAAGGUCGAGGGCGCAGUUGGCACGCACUUCAGCACCGUGGGCGCUGGUCAGGUCUUCGGAGAGGUGGGGGCCUUCGGCCUCUCAAAACGACGGACGGCCAGUGCUCGCACCUGGGAGGAGGGGUUGGUCUGCUGCCUCCGCUUCCGCGGCGCUGUUGUCAAGGCGGCGGCCUUCGCGUUUCCGUUGGACAAGGACAAGUUGGCAACGAUCUGGAAGCGGACGGAGCUGAAGAAUCGCAGCACCGAGCUGGAGCGGCGGGAGUGGAUCAAGACGACAGCGAUCCCAGCUUUGGCACAGACUCCGCUGCUUGGGGGCUGUCCGCCAUCCUUUUUCCACAGCUUGGCCGUGCUCCUCAAGGAGCAAGCCUACAAGCCCGACUCCUUGAUCGUGAAAUGCGGUGAGAAGCUCGAGAGCAUGAUGAUCUUCAUCCAGGGGACGGCCCAAAUGAAGACGCGCGUGGGCGACGAGAUCGGGGUGAUGUGCAAGGGCUCCAUCUUCGGUGAGACCAACGGCUUGGGCCUCUUCCAGAGUUCCAUGGCCACCGUCCAGGUCGGCGCCGAGAAAGUUCGGCUCCUCCUGCUGCCGCACCUUGCAAUGAAGCAGGCGCUUGCAACUGCAGCAGCAAAGUCCGAGGGCAUCACAGACGCGUUCGAGAAGCUGGUCGCAGGGCGGCGUGAACAGGUCGAGCGCGGAGUCCCCCUCUGCGCCAUGGGCAUCCUGGCCCAGAAGAGCGACGUCCGGGUGCGCGCCAUUGCGCUGCUCGCCGAGCGUGUGGACCUGGAGACAGGCGAGGAGUGGGCGCCCAUCGCCGAUUCCGAGCCUUCCGGGCCCUUCUUCGGCGUGCUCGCUGCAGGUCGAGUCAUGGUCGAGAUUGGCCCUGACCGUCACAUCGUACUGCAGUUGACUGCAGGUGCCAUUUUCCCCGAGGGGCUCUUGGCGACCUACGGCGCCGUGUGCCGAGCGGAGACCUACUGUGAAGCUUACCGAGUGCGCUGGCACGACUUCUACAUGGCUGUCGGCCUGAGUACCCCAGCGGCCAACGACUGGUUCUGGAAGUUCCGGGUGCAAGAGAAGGGGACAGUGGAGCGACUCACACGGAGGCUUCAAUCGGUCCAAGGCCUCCUGGACGUGAGCCUCCCGCAUGCCAAGGAUGUGGAGAUCAAGGCCUGGAAGGAGCGAGGCCGCAUGAGCCAGGCGAAGCGGAGCAGCCACGUCAUCUUCGAGGCCCUGCCACGGGCUCCACUUCCACUCCUCGCACCCGCCACCAAGAAGACCUUGUCGGAUCUGAAAUCCAGGGUGCCGGAUUGGGAAGCUCAAACAGGUCUCUUGGCAUAUUCAGGUGGCAGACUUCUGCUGCCGAAGCUGGAUGAGAAAGGCCCCCGUUCUCUGCAUGCUGAUUGA